AUGGCACCUCCUGUCGCUACUGACACAGCGAUAAUCGAAGACAGGCCGGCCUAUUCUACGAAGAAUACGGCCUUCGUUGACAAGCUCGAUGAUGUGCUCGAGGAUUACGAGGGGAACUAUCGUUUUGCUCCCAUCGAGGAGGCCCAGGUAUCCAGAGCCAUGAUAAAACGGUACUUCAAUAUGAUGUACGAGCGUGCUGUGUCAGAUGUUGUCAUCGUCGGCGCUGGCAGUGCCGGAUUAUCGUGCGCUUACCGGUUGGCAACGGAAAGGCCAGACCUCAAAGUAACGAUCCUAGAAGCGAACGUUGCACCCGGUGGGGGAGCUUGGUUGGGAGGUCAGUUGAUGACACCGAUGGUUGUCCGUAAGCCCGCGGAUAGGUUCCUGCGGGAGCUGGGCAUACCAUACGAGGACGAGGGAAACUUCGUGGUUGUGAAACAUGCCGCUCUCUUCACAUCGACUAUCCUCUCUCGUGUUCUGGCGCUGCCCAAUGUCGUCUUGAUGAACGCCACUGCAGUGGAGGAUCUCAUCAUCCGUACGGAUUUCCAAGGCCGCCAGCGUGUUGCUGGGGUAGUAACCAACUGGACACUCGUGGCACUCAACCACGACACGCAGUCCUGCAUGGACCCUAACACCAUUACGGCUCCCGUAAUUAUUUCUGCCACUGGCCAUGACGGCCCAAUGGGAGCAUUCUCAGCGAAAAGGUUGGUCAGUGCCGGCCUGUUGAAGGAGUUGGGAAACAUGAGAGGAUUGGACAUGAACCGCGCUGAACCCGCCAUUGUCAACGGGACGCGCGAGGUUACUCCGGGAUUGAUUCUGACAGGUAUGGAGUUGUCCGAACACGAUGGGUCGAACCGUAUGGGACCUACGUUUGGGGCGAUGAUGGCCAGUGGGAUCAAGGCAGCAAAAGAAGCCAUUCGGAUUCUCGACUCUUCUCAGAUCGUCGACGGCAAGGUGGUGGGGUAA